AUGAACACGCUGACACUCGCCAUUCGGGAAUCACAUUCAGUGGAUGAAGUUCUACUCAGCGAAUUGGAAAAUUUCUGGAGAACGACCUUUCAUUUGUUGAUGUACAAGUAUGGGCACUAUGAUCAGGGAACUUUUGAGGAUUCUCGAUAUUGUCAACUGCCAGUUAAGCGAUCCACCGACGAAUCCCUCAACGACUAUUGUGAGAGCUAUUUGACCGAAGCACGAAAACUUCUACAAAAGACUAGACUCUCCGCCUACAUCGUUCGCUUUUCGGAUAAAUACGAGACCCCGAUUUUGGAAUUCCGAUUCGGCAUUGUGGAUUUGAUCAAGCCGACAUCGUUGACAAGAUCAACUUCCACCGGCUACCGCGACUAUUUGAGGGUUCAUUUCGAGCAAGUGAUCGCUAAACUCACCUCACUAGCGAUACACCCAACACUGGAUCGACGCCUGAAAACGGAAGAUCACCGAGCCGAGAUUCUCCUCAAACUCAAGGUUCCCCUUGAAAAUGAUAAAACGGUCAAUCAGCUAGAAGCUCUAACGGACAAGAAUUAUCUCAUCCGACCAAUCGAAAUCGAGUGUUCUCAGCCCGAGAAAUCGCAUAAAUACCAGUUAACCUUCUCUCUUCACUGCACAAGUAUCUUC